AGGGAGGGAUGGCUUUUCUUCUUUCCUCCUCCUCCUCUUCCUUGGCCCUUUCUCUCUCCUGGGUGGGUGUGGUGUUUCCUUGAUUUACCCUCCCCCCGCUUUGGCUCUUCCCAAUUCUCCGCGGCAUCCACUUGUUUCUAAUCUUGGGUCUCUGUUUUCUUGGUCAAUUAUUGAGGGAGGGCUAAUCGCUAGAUUCUUGAGGAUCUUGUUGGGGGGAGUUGGUCUUGAGGGGGCCUCUGCUGCUUCUUUCUUCUCCAUCUUCAUCUUCCUUGCUUUGCCGCUGUGGUCUUGGGUUUGAUGAUUUGACCCUUUUGAAGCUUGUGGUGGAAGUGAAAGGGAAUUGAUUGCUUGUUGUUUUUUUUUUUUUUUCCUUUUGAUGCGUAUUAUGAUGGUAAUGAGUCUUUUGACCGCAGAAAGAGAGGUGAGCAGAUAAAGCGGUUGGAAAAAAAAGCAAGUGCAGAGGGUGUAGACAACGAAGAGAGUAUUUUCUUUUCCCCUUCCUUUUGGUUGUUGCUUGUGGUAGUCAAUGAGUGAGAGAGACUCGGGGGCUUCCAUUUGCUCUCUUCGCCUCUCUGCAUAUCUGAUUUGGGAGCUGGAUGCAAUGUGCCCACAGGGGUGCUUGUGGUUGCUGUGAUUCUGAAGGGGCUUUGUUGGGUUUCUUGUUCUUGGUUGGGUUUUCCUUUGAGAGGGUUUCCGAAAUGCCUAUGUUUCAGCCCUCGAAACGAGAGGGGCUUGCUGGAUAUGAAGAUGGGCAAGUUCUAGAUCUAGAUACUGCGGUCAAAGAUGGGGUUUUGGGUGGUUUGGGCAGCGGCGGAGUCCCCGGGGGCGGAGUCGGGGAGAAACUGGAUCUGAAGAAAAUGAUCGAGGAGCUCGAUUUGUCUGAAGUCCCUUCUGUGUUCAUUUGCCCGAUUUCGCUUGAGCCGAUGCAAGACCCUGUGACCCUGUGCACUGGCCAAACCUAUGAGAGGUCCAAUAUCCUCAAAUGGUUCAGCUUGGGGCACCUCACUUGCCCCACCACAAUGCAAGAGCUGUGGGACGAUUCUGUCACUCCGAAUAAGACCCUUUACCAUCUGAUACACACCUGGUUUUCCCAUAAGUACUUGCUCAUGAAAAAGAGAUCCGAGGAUGUGCAGGGUCGUGCGUCGGAGCUAGUCGAGACCUUGAAGAAGGUGAAGGGUCAAGUCAGGGUCCAGGCCCUGAAGGAGCUCAGACAAGUGGUGGCAUCUCAUGCCACGGCCAGGAAAGCCGUCGUGGACGGAGGUGGGGUGGCAGUGGUCUCCGGCCUUUUGGGUCGGUUCACUUCCCACGCGGUGGGGUCCGAAGCAAUUGCGAUUCUUGUCAACUUGUCUCUUGAUUCGGAAUCGAGAACGAAUCUGAUGCAGCCUGCGAAGAUCUCAUUAGUGGUGGACAUGCUAAAUGAGGGGUCGAUGGAGACGAAGAUCAACUGUACCCGAUUGAUCGAAACGCUUAUGGAGGAGAAGGAUUUUCGAUCAGAAAUUGUCUCGAGCCAUAGUUUGUUGGUGGGCUUGAUGAGACUGGUGAAGGAUAAGAGACAUUCCAAUGGAACUUUACCUGGGCUUAGACUCCUCAGGACCAUAUGCUUGCACAAGCAAGUGCGGAGCUUGUUUGUGAGUGUUGGGGCUGUGCCCCAAUUGGUCGAUUUGCUGCCCAAUUUGGAUUCCGAUUGCUUGGAAUUAGCUCUGUUCAUAUUGGAAACACUGUCCUCAUUGCCUGAAGGACAAUUGGCUCUGAAGGAUUGCCGAAGCACGAUCCCAAGUAUGGUCAGGUUGCUAAUGAGAGUCUCCGAGACGUGUACGCAGUAUGCAUUGGCGAUCUUGUGGGCUGUAUGCAGCCUUGCUCCCCAAGAAUGCUCGUCCGUUGCUGUUGAUGCGGGCCUUGCUGCAAAGCUCCUCCUCGUAAUCCAGAGCGGGUGCGAUCCUGUCUUAAAGCAACGGUCAUCGGAACUGUUGAAGCUCUGUAGUCUGAAUUAUUCGGACACAAUCUUCAUUUCCAAGUGUAAGCUCACGAGAACAAUUCAGUAACCGGAAGAUUGGGAGAAAAUUGUUUCCUGAUGCGGUCGACACGAUGAGAUUUUCAGGGGCGAGAGGUGUAAAGGGUUGGACACGUUCCAUCGAGCGACUUUCGAGGUAAUUGAGGUUUAUUCGGACGGGGAACGAAAUGUGAACAUCGCCUGUAAAUAUCCGGGUAUCAUCUAUACCCACAGUUUGAUUCGAUGGAUGUUGAAGGUUCAUAAAAAUUCGAAGAUCGCGCACCAUUGUUUCUUAAUAAACCCCAGUUGUGAAGAGUAGCGGAUCCGUGCUCUGGGAUGUAACUAAUAUCAGGGGGGGAUCAUCUGUGAGAAAAUAUGCUGCUUUAUUUUUGGAAGGAAGAAAUUGCUUGUUCUGAAGGAUUAGAUAGUGCUUUCGUUGGUUGGCUGAUUGGGAGAGCUUGGAUUUGCGAAUGUAAAACAUUGUCAAGUGGCUGCCCCUCGCAUCUUCAGCUUCCCUCCUAUCUUGUAUCUUUUUUUUGUCCUAAGAUGUUCAUGAUGUCUCCAUUUUUCUUUGGGAGGUUUUUUUGGCUUUCGACCUUUCACAAGUGUAGAGAGACAGGAGUUUGCCAAUGGCUUCCUCCAGCUCCCCAAUAUCCCUAUUCAAUGUGUAUAAUGAAAUUGACCAUUCAAAUUCCCGCAUC